AUGACUGUGGCAUUAAACCGAGCAGUGUCUUUUUGAAGGACAUUCACUGUGGACGGGAUGCUGGGAUUGUUCUGGUUCUGGUUCGGUUCUGUGCUCUGUGUCUCUGGGUUUGACGUGUUAAGCUGCAGAAACUCCUCGGUCACGUUAAACGUGGUUCUGCUGGAGGAUGAAAAUUCGCCCUGGAGUCUGAAGUUUGUGAAGGAUGCGGUGGAAACGGCUGUUGAAGAGGAAAACAAAAAAAAACCAGUGACCUGUCUGUCUGUCUGUCUGUCUGUCUGUCUGUCUGUCAGUCAGGAGGUCGGUCUGACUCUGACUAUCCCCAUCAUCUCAGCAGGCAGUUUCGGUCUUUCCUGCGACAACAAGGAGAAACUCACCCGGCUGCUUCCUCCGGCACGCAGAAUCUCAGAGUUCUUCGUCCAUUUCUGGCACGCGUAUUUCCCCAAUCUGAAACCUGUGUGGAAGACGGUGUAUAUCUAUAAAAAACUCAACAACACGGAGGAAUGUUUCUGGUACAUCAACGCUCUGGAGGCGCCGUCCGCUCUGUUCGCCUCCAACAUAUCCAGAGAGAUGCUGAGGAGCCAAGAGGACCUGGAAGACAAGCUGAAAGAUCAGAACCGACACAGCAACACUCCUCUCUUUUUCUCUCAGUUGUUGCAUAUCGAUUAUUACAAUCUGACGAAGUUUUACGGGAAGGUGAAGUUCGACUGUGGUGUUUUCGGGGUGUUUGAAUUCUGCGAGAGAGGAUCGCUGCGGUACGUGCUGAAUGAUAAGAUCUCAUAUCCUGACGAGAGUUUUAUGGAUCUGGAGGUUAAGAUCUCUGUCAUGUACGACAUCGCAAAGGGCAUGUCGUACCUGCACUCCAGUAACGUCGGCGUUCACGGCCGGCUGAAAUCCACCAACUGUGUGGUGGACAAUCGCAUGGUGGUGAAGAUCACCGACUUCGGCUGCAACACCAUCCUCACGCCCGGGAAAGACCUGUGGACGGCGCCAGAGCACAUGCGUGUUCAGGGUAUUUCUCAGAAGGGUGACAUCUAUAGUUUUGCCAUCAUCUCGCAGGAGAUCAUCCUCAGGAAGAGCCCAUUUCACACCCGCUGCUGCUCCAAUACGGCAGAGAAACUCUAUCGUGUUCAGUAUCCGCGGGGGCCGAACGUCUUCCGACCCGAUCGGAGUUUCGAGUCCGUCGGAGAGACUGAAGCAGAGCUGUUCGUGCUUAUCAAGAGCUGCUGGGAGGAGGAUCCAGAGAAGCGUCCGGACUUCAAGCGUAUCGAGGGCGCUCUGGGGAAGAUCUUCAGUAACCUUCACAACGAGGCCAACGCCAGCUACAUGGACAACCUGAUCCGCCGGCUGCAGAUGUACUCGAGGAACCUGGAGCACCUGGUGGAGGAGAGAACGGCUCUGUGUAAGGCCGAGAGAGACCGAGCCGACCAGCUCAACUUCAUGCUGCUGCCGGGGCCGGUGGUGGAGACCAUCGGUGACGCGUACAUGGUCGCGUCUGGUCUGCCAAGACGCAGCGGGAACAGGCAUGCCGUGGACAUUUGUCUCAUGGCUUUGGACAUCCUGGAGUUCAUGGGGACGUACCAACUGAGACACCUACCGGGAAUCCCACUGUGGAUCCGUAUUGGGAUCCAUUCAGGUCCGUGUGCGGCUGGUGUGGUGGGUAAUAAGAUGCCACGUUACUGUCUGUUUGGUGAUAUGGUCAAUACAGCGUCACGUAUGGAGUCUACAGGCCUGCCUCUGAGGAUUCACGUGAGCGACUCGACCAUCAAGAUCCUGCAUCGAACCGACUGUCAGUUUGAGUGCGAGCGCCGAGGAGAAACAUACCUGAAGGGUAAAGGGAAGGAGAUGACGUACUGGUUGACUGGGGUCACCGGACAGAAAUACAACCUGCCGGCACCACCAACAGCGGAGAAUUUCCAGCGUCUGCAGCAGGAUCUGGCCGAGAGGAUCGUCUCCACGCUGGACAAACGCGGGAACGAGUGGCGCAAAACUCUCUCCACACGCCAGCGACGAACACAGAGACACAGCAGUGACAGGCAGCCCGAAUACCUGCACCUGACCGACCCAACAACAUACCUGUAG